AUGUCGAACUUGGGAGAGAGUGGAAAUGCCGUCUUACAGACGAUUCAGGCGUCGGAGGGCGGCCGCGCGCUGCGGCUGCUGAAGCAGCGGCAGGAGAUGCGCGACCGCAUGCGCGCCGCGAAGGAGAAAAUCGAGUCAAAGGGCCUCAAACGAAACCUCACCUUCGGCGGAUCCGCCGCGGACAGACUCGAGGAGCAGUUCAAAAAGGAGACAGUUGGCCUGGUCACUGCCCAGGACUUCAGAGACAAGCGCGCGAAACUCGAGGAGCAAAUACGCAUCGAGCAGAGAAGCCUUUUCCCCCAAAAAUUCCAGGAGCGACGCAGGCUGGAAAUGCGCUUGCUGCCGAGCAAGCUGUCUUUCGGCGAGGAAGCAGACGAGGUUCUCGUACAAGUCCUGGACAAACGCGAGAAGGAGACGAAGCGCGAGGAGAAACUCGCGCAAGAGAGGCUGCAUUCUGACCCCGCCCCUGUGACGGCAGCCAGCGCCCUCGGUGUCUGCGAAGGGGAUGCAGAAGCCGAGGAAAGAUGCGAGGGCGACGGCAGCGCAGAAGCUGAGAAGGCCCGCGAACCGGCAGAGGAGAAGGUGUCUAGACACCGGGCAAAGGUGAAGACAGAGAGGACUGACGCGGUCGCAGGGAGAUCCGAAGAAGAGGACGAGGUUCAACUCUUCAGAAAGGCGGGGAGAGUGAAGACAAGCAACGGGCGAGACAAGAGCAACAGCGAGGAACCGGAAAAGGCCGAAGGAAAAGAAGAGCUCGACCGGUCUCUGUUCAGGAAGCGAAGGAUAGGAAAAGACCCCACAAUCGACACAGACUUCUUGCCGGACGAGGAGCGAGACGCACAGAUUCUUGCGGAGAGGAAGCGGCUGAUUGAGGAGUAUCAUCGCCUGGAAGACGAAGCGAAGAAAGAGCCGCUCUGGAUCACCUAUUCCUUUUGGGACGGGACUGGCCACAGGCGGCGCACGUGCGUCACGAAGGGCAGCUCGGUUUUGCAGUUUCUCGACCAGGCGAGGAAGGAGCUUGAAAAGGAAUUUAUUGAACUUCGCGGCGUCGGAGCCAUUGACUUGAUGUACAUCAAGGAAGACUUGAUUCUCCCUCACAGUUUGACGUUCUACGAUUUGAUCAAGACAAAGGCCCGAGGGAAGAGCGGGCCUCUCUUCAACUUCAACGUCCGCGAAGAUGUGCGAAUGACAAACGACAGCCGCGUGGAGAAGGAAGACUCGCACGCAGGCAAAGUUGUUGAGAGAAAGUGGUUCGAACGCAACAAGCACAUCUUUCCUGCUUCCAGAUGGGAGGUGUUUAACCCCAACAAGACAUACGACACCUACACCGUCCACGGAGGCGUCCACAAGUGGAAGGGCGUCUCAAACAGUGAAAUACGCGAUGCUGUCAUUUGA